AUGUCCACUCUCAACUCCAGCACCCCGUCUCCCACAACCUUCAUCCUCAUCGGCAUCCCAGGGCUGGAGGAUGAGCACAUCUGGAUCUCCAUCCCCUUCUGCUUCAUGUAUCUUAUGGCCAUAGUAGGGAACUGCACCAUCCUCUUCAUCAUCAAGGCAGAGCCGAGCCUGCAUGAGCCCAUGCACCUCUUCCUGUGCAUGCUGUCCGUCACUGACCUGGUCCUGUCCUCCUCCACCGUGCCCAAAAUGCUCAGCAUCUUCUGGUUCGGUGCCCGGCAGACUAACUUUGGAGCUUGCCUGACGCAGAUGUUCUUCAUUCAUUCUUUUUCAGCCAUGGAGUCUGGGUUUUUCCUGGCCAUGGCCUACGACCGCUACGUGGCCAUCUGCCACCCGCUCCAACAUGCCACUGCCCUCUCAAAUGGCAUCAUUGCUAAAAUCACCCUGGCGGUGGUCGCCAGGGGUGUGGUGCUCUUCUCCCCCCACCCCUUCCUGGUGAGCAGCCUGCCCUUCUGCAGGACCAACGUCAUCUCCCACAGCUACUGCGAGUUCAUGGCACUGGUCAAACUGGCCUGUGCAGACACCACAGCCAGGAAAGCCUACAGCCUGACCAUAGCAUCUCUAGCAGGAUUCUCAGAUAUCAUCUUGAUUGCCCUCUCGUACGUGAUGAUCCUCCGCUCCGUCUUCAGCCUCCCCUCCAAGGAGGCACGUCUCAAGUCCCUGGGCACCUGCAGCUCCCACAUCUGUGUCAUCCUGGUGUUUUACACCCCAGCCUUUUUCUCUUUCCUCACCCACCGCUUUGGUCAUGUAGCUCCCCACGUUCACAUCCUUGUGGCCAACCUGUACCUGGUCUUCCCUCCCAUGAUGAACCCCAUCAUCUAUGGGGUCAGGACCAAGGGUAUUCGGCAAAGGGUGCUGAAAGUUUUGAAG